CAAAACACAAGAGUGUAUGCAUUGAAUGAGUCAUUGAAUCGAUUGGUUUGAAUAAAUGUUAGACAAAUAACAACACAAAAGCAUCUAUUGUUUGAUCCAUCGGUUUAUCCAUUGAUAGUCAUCUUAAGCCACAUUAACAACAACACCAUCACUACUGUCACAACAAAAUGCCAGUCAUUAAGGGAUCCGAGAUAGGCUUUGCCACUCUUCCCGAACACGUCCACCGAAAAUCGGCCAAAAAAGGCUUUGACUUUACCAUUAUGGUUGUCGGCGAGACAGGUCUCGGUAAGUCAACUCUAAUCAAUUGUCUGUUUUUGGCCGAUCUUUACAAACAACGCAAACCGGUAAAUGUCGACAAACUGGUUGACCGAACAGUUGGUAUCGAGAAGAAACAGGUGGACAUUAUUGAAAAGGGUAUUAAAUUGAGAGUAACGAUUGUCGACACUCCCGGCUAUGGAGACUCACUUGAUCUCAAUGACAGCUUUGACGCCGUAGAGAACUAUAUCGACCAACAGUUUGAUCAGUAUUUUAAAGAUGAGUCGGGACUCAAUCGCAAGAAUAUUGUCGACAAUCGGAUUCAUUGUUGUCUCUACUUUAUAUCACCGCUUGGAAGAGGAUUGUCACAACUGGACAUCCAAUUUAUGAAGCGAUUGCACAAAAAGAUAAAUAUAGUGCCGAUUAUCGCCAAAUCGGACGCUUUGACACCCAAUGAAAUGCAUGCGCUCAAGAAAAAGAUCCUAAGAGAGUUUGACGAACACAGUAUUAAUAUCUUUCGUAUUCCCGAAUGCGAUAGCGAUGAGGACGAACAGUUCAGACGCAAAGAUCAGGAAAUUAAGGAAUCCAUACCAUUUGCCAUCGUUGGCAGUACUAUUACCAUUGAUUAUAAUGGCAAACGUAUUAGAGGACGUGAAUAUCCGUGGGGUGUUGUCGAUAUUCAGGACGAAAAGUACAGCGAUUUUAUUAAAUUGCGAACAUUUUUAAGCCUACAUAUGCAAGACCUCAAGGAUGUGACCAGUGAUGUGCUCUACGAGAACUAUAGAGGACAACAUUUGGCACAAUUACAGAUACAACAAGAAAGUGACCCGAAUAUGACUACCGAAAGACUUCUUCAGCUCAAACAAGAAGAGAUACGUCGAAUGCAGCAACAGUUAGAGGCAAUGCAGGAACAGAUCCGAUGUCAAUCCAGUCAACCGGUCAGUAGUGCAGCUCAAAGUUGCGAUGAUUUGUCGCCUAAAGAGGAAGACUAAAAAGCAGACCAUUGUUUGUCAUUUGAGAAGAGAUAAGUGUUUUUUAUAUAACAUUUGUAACAAUUUUUGAUAUUUCGGUGAUUUUUUAUUUUUAAAUACAUUCCCAUUUUGUGAUUUAUUUAAUUUAUUGUUUUUUAAUACUA